AUGCGAUCCUAUGGUACCCCCCCCCCCCCCUUGCUGGCGGCAGAGGUUCCUACCGUGCGGCAUGUCCCUAAGGUUGCCCGUGCAGCCUGGGCCCAAUGUCUGGCUCGCGCUAUUGCCUCAACAGUAGCACGCAACACCCCUGCCGCUUGGUUGGAAUUAUUGAUGCUCCCCAAAGCCGUGCUUGUCGCUCCUCUCCGUGGUGGGGCUCGCCACCGCGCCCAAUUGGGGCAAGCCACCAAGCGGCGCUGCUUGCGCUGGCUCGAUGGUGAGAGGGUUGAGCUGUGGGAGGAAUGUGUGUUUGAGCCACGCCAACGUAGCGGUCCGACUCGCCAGUCCCUUGAGGCCCGCCACUCCCGUUGCCGCCGCCUUGCCGCUGAGGGUGAUCUAGCUCGAGCGUGUGACGCUCUGCUCCAGGAGCCGCCUCUACCCCGUGAUGCUGCCACCCUCGCUGCUCUGCAGGCCAAACACCCUCAAAGCCCACUGCCAGACCUUGCUGCUUUGGGCGCGCCUCGUCCGGGCGCUGUGCCUGAGUUCAGCGCAGAGGCUGUUGCCAAGGCAGUGAGAAGCUUUAAGCGUGCUUCGGCCCCAGGGCCGUCGGGGCUUAGGCCCGACCACCUUCGUGAAAGCUUGUCCACUGCUCACGCAGACGAGGUUGCUGUGCAUCUUGCGGCCUUAUGCCACCUCUUGGCGAGGGGAGAGGCCCCCGCUACCCUUGCCCCUCACUUGGCCGGGGCUACGCUGCACGCCUUGCCCAAGCCUCAGGGGGGCGUGCGGCCUAUCGCCAUUGGGGAAGUUUUGCGCAGGUUGGUCGGGAAACUGUUGUGUGGGAGCGUUCGCGAGGCCGCUCGUGACCAGCUUUGGCCCUUGCAAGUCGGUGUAGGUGUGCCCUCAGGAAGCGAAGCUGCCGUGCACGCUGCGCGACACUGGCUGCAAAGCCAUUCUGGGCAUGAAAACCGCGUCCUGGUCAAGCUUGACUUCCGCAAUGCCUUUAAUGCAGUGUCUCGCGCGUCCGUUCUCCGGGAGGCCCGCGCCCGAGUUCCGGAGGUUUCUUCUUGGGCCGACUGGUGUUAUGGACAGAGCUCCCGGCUCCGUUUUGGAAAGCACGUCGUCGCUUCCACAUCUGGGGUGCAACAGGGCGACCCUCUAGGUCCCCUUCUGUUUGCCUUGGCCCUUCAACCAGCCCUUGCAGCGGCCGCUGCAGCGGCGCGCCUGGACUUGUGCUUCGCGUACUUGGAUGACGUCGUGUUAGCUGGCAGCCCUGCUGACGUGGCGAAGGCCUUGCGUGCUCUCUGUGAGGUUGCCGGCCAGGCCGGCCUUAUCCUCGAGCCCACCAAGUCUGAAGUUGUCCUUCCUGGCGCCGCCUGCAGCCCUGACCUCCGCGCCCUGCCGCCGGGCCUGGUACGCCGUGUCGGCGAAUUCGAGCUCCUUGGUGCGCCCAUAGGGGGUCUCUCUUUCUGCAACCAACACUGCGUGACCCACCGUGUUGAUAAGACAAGCUUGUCUGAACGCCCUUGCUGA